UUGCUGUGUGAGCAUGGGCUCUGUCUUGAAGAAAUUCUGGAAUAUACCAACACAGUGCUUUGCCUUUGUAGAUAUAACCGUUAAGCCUAUCCUCGCCGUUCCCCCUUUUCAGUGGAACAAAAGCCUACUGCCCUCUGAUCGAUUCCAACGAGGUCGAUGUCGUCCGCAAAGCCCUGGAACAUAUGCGAACGUGUGAUGAUAGUGCAGUUUCGCGCCCUCGAGUGCAGUGUUGAACAAUAAAUUUGAAUCAGAGUAUAUUUUAACAAGAUGGAAAUUGAGUUAUUAGCCUUCAAAGUUUUACCAAAUUGUUGAGCUGUUGAGCCUAUCCGAGAAUCAGGAUAAAACCACAAGGGUUCUUUCACAAAUUACGUAGCGCUGAAGGGAGAUGGAGGGGGUCAAGCCGAGCGUUACGGUCCAUACAAAAAAAUUAAACCUUCCAUACAAAAAGUGUUACGUGGGGGAGGGUGAGGGUCCAAUAUCGCCAAAUUUAGCGUUACGUAAUUUUAGUAAGAACCCCAAUUUCAUAGUAUUGCUAUAGUUUUUUCUUAUCACAUUCUCAAGAGUAAACAAUGGAUGGUAAAAACUCACAGAAAAAUAGUCAAGAAAGCAUUAGUAUGGAUCAUGGAUUGGACAAUUCAGCGAAUAAGUUUAAGUCAAUAUUGGAAGAUUUUAUAAUUGUUCGAGAUCACAACUUUAAAUUGUCGGAUGUGGCUGGCUUGCAGGACGCAAAAAAAGUACUCAAAGAAGCUUUGCUCAAGGAAACACGAAUAUCAUGGAAUGGAGUAUUGCUAUACGGGCCUCCCGGCACUGGUAAAACCUAUCUUGCCAAAGCAAUAGCUUCGGAAGCACCCAGUUCGACGUUUUUCUCUGUGUCCAGUUCCGACUUAGUAUCGACUUGGCUCAGUAUGUCUCAACAGCUGAUGAUGCAUCUGUUCGAAAUGGCUCGAGCCCAGAAACCUAGCAUAGUAUUCAUUGACGAUGUGGACUUGUUGUGUUCAGAAAAACUGAACACCGAAAAUGUGCGUCGCUUGAAAUCGGAAUUCAUAUCACAAAUGCAGAAUUCUGGUAUCGGACAAGGUGAUGGAGUUUUGGUGCUCGCAGCCACCAAUAACCCUUGGAGUUUAGAUUCAGAUCUUCUUGGAUGUUUCCAGAAGCGCAUACAUAUUUCAUUACCGGAUGAAUACGCGCGACGGGCUAUGUUUAGACUUCACCUACAGAACACGACUCAUUAUUACUCCGAGGAAAAUAUUAGCAGCUUCGCCGUAAAAACACAAGGCUACACAGGAGCUGAUAUUAUAUUGGUAGUACGUGACGCACUUAUGCAACCGGUACGCAAUGUUCAAUCGUCAACGCAUUUCAAGAAAAUCAAAAGCCCAAAGUGCUGUAGCGAUUCAUUUGUUCCGUGUUGCGCAAAUGAUGCCGAGGCUAUCAAAAUGACUUGGCUGCAGAUAUCGAAUGAACAGCUGGUUGUUCCCCCGGUUACGAUGGAUGACAUGAUAAAGUCGAUUGAUAAAACCAAACCGUCCAUAACACAAACGUAUUUGGAAAAAAUCAUUCAAUUUUCCAAAGAUUUCGGACAGGAGGAUGAAUUACGCAAAUAGGUAGCAUAUUUCACAUACGGAUUCUGAUAUACAAUUACCAAAUACUAUAGCCAGAAGUAGUAAACUAUUUAUCCAUGCACUGUAUUACUAUAUUUUAGUAAUGAUACUGAAAUUCAAUAAUGUGAACUACAAAAUGAAAUAAAUAACUGUUUGAAAAAAAAAAGUGUACUGAACGAGGGAAUAACUUGCUUUGCUUGGUACGUUAGCCACACCGUAAGGUUUUUCAUCAGACGUUGUACUUAUACUCCACUGUUGUGCAAAUAACCUUGGUCCCAGAUUCCAGAGGUUAUUGAACUUCUCAACUCCUGAAAACCAAACCGUUUUGCCUUUUAUAUGAUGAAUAACCGUUUUUGUCAUUACGCCCCUACCAAAAAAUCGAGUUGUAGAUCUUUCCUGCACACGCUCCUGUACUCCACUUACAGGUUUAGUUUGAGCUUAAUUGACCUUUCUCGUCCAAAUUUUUAUCACGUUGAGUUGUUCCAAUUGAUUUCUUAACUUAUUUUAUGCCAACUUUCUCAAAGAUUUUGAUUUUUGAUACCGCAUGCUUCAUAUUGGCAACGAAGUGGUGAAACGACAUCUGUAAGUAGCGUCCAACAUAGCUCUGGCCAAAGGUUCCACUACUCAGGCUUCCUCUAUCGCAAAAUUCGCAGAGUUCUAUGCUAACAACAACAUGGAGAUCGAGGGAUCGCUCUUCCCCCAUUC